AUGCCUGGACCCAUGAACGAGCUAAACAACGAGAGCUACAAAUACCUGUGGAGUGUCGGAAACGACUGGCAGUUCAACGUUGAGGACGUUCACCCCAAGAUGCUCCAACGACUCUACAAGAGAUUCGACACCUUCGACCUUGACAGUGACGGCAAGAUGAUGAUGGAAGAGAUCCUCUACUGGCCCGACAGGAUGAGGCAGUUGGUCAACGCUACUGACGAACAGGUCGAGAAGAUGAGAGAGGCUGUCCACAUUUUCUUCCUCAACAAAGGAGUAGAUCCAGUAAAGGGCCUGAUUCGAAAGAACUGGGCAGAGGCCAACAGGGUCUUCUCUGAGGCCGAGAGAGAAAGGGAAAGACGUAACUACUACGAUGUCCUGGAUGAUGACGGUGAUGGUACUGUCGACAUUGCAGAGCUCAAGACCAUGAUGAAAGCCUUUGAUGUGCCCCAAGAGGCUGCUUAUACCUUCUUCGAGAAGGCUGACACUGACAAGAGUGGACGACUGGAACGAUCAGAGCUGGAUGGAGCCCUACGAUCCCCAGUGGGAUGGUGUUUACGGAUACAAAUACUGAACAAUCCCUACUUAGCUGCAUCUUUAUUUCUUAUUCAGAAUCAGAAUAUGUAA